CGCCUAAUCAACCUCAUUUCGGCUACCCCGGUCUCCAGUACUCUACACCCGACAGUGUUAUACACGCCGUUCGUCAUCUGCGCGACUCUGAACUUUCGGAAAUCACUUUACAAGGGUUCAACCUAAUGACAUCCUUACAAUCUCCUGAUUACAUUCGCCAGCGCAUAUGCCAGUUGACUGCAACCGAAAAGCAACUUAAAGAAGUUAUUUGUCCGAAACCUCAAACUGUCGAUAUUCCCGAUGUACAGUCCCCCAUUUUGGUCGAUCGCAGCGUUCAGUCAGGAUCACGCACUUAUUUUACAUUUGACGGCAUCAAUGGUCAAAUCGAUCACGGUAGCCGAGACUCCCCCAGGAGUCCGGUUUUAGCAAAUGGUCUCAUGGAUGCCUCUUCCGCUCACCUGGACUUUGCUGACAUUCCAGUGAAGCCAAAACGCUCGAAAACUAUGAGCUGUCUAUCCGCCGGUGGUAUUCCAGCACCUUCCAAGCGCCUCCGUCUUGAUAGCGCAGGAAGCUGCACUCAAGUGCAUGAUUUAGUGCUACUACCGAAAGUGGAGUCACCUUUCUUAAACGCCGAAAUGCGGAGACAUCUGGAGUCCGAGUUUCGCUGUAACAACAUUUCAGCGUCGUUCCGUAAGAGACGACAAGAACACUCGUCAAACGCAUCCAGGCCUCCUUCACGCCCUGAUUGUACAAGUGCUCUGGUUUGUGGUGGCCAUGUCCAACCUGCUCUUUCUCUUGAAUCCUCUUCAUCGAUCCGAUUGGAAUCGCUUCUUGAGGCCAACAACCGGCGUUGUCAACAACUUGUGGACUUUUCGGAUUGGUGCUCGGAAUCUAUUCUCAAUAUAUUGAAUUUAUCUUCCUCAUGUUCGAUUCACGACUGCAAUUCGGGCCUCUCAAUCAAUGGAUGCUACACGGUGCAUUCAUUGUGCCCCGAUCCUCUGCGAAAUGUCGCAUCAUCAUGCCUAUCCAUUUUACCGUGCUCAAGGCUGCUGUGCUCCAGAUCUCCCGCACUCGCAUUUACUCCGCUGUUUGUAACCCGUUGUCUACGGCAUUUUCCCUGUCCCAUUCCCGCUUGUUCACAUGACUUUGAAUACGGUGCUCAGUCAUCCUCCACGUCACAUUGUCCGUUCGUGUGUCAAUUGUCCAAUGUGGUUCGUGCGUUGUACGCCUUCACAGAACAGGCCCGAUGGCUUUCGGUCAACAACACGUGCUUCUUCAACCGUUCUCCAUAUUCCCCCGAAAUUUUAUUCACCCCGCUCAGCCGUUUAUUCCAUGAAUCUGGAAAGUUUUUUACUCUUAACAAUCUUCUGGAAGGAUUUCUUGGUGCACGCGUUUCAAAGCACCCUCGUUGCAUUUUCCUGUUGGCACACCGCAUUUCCUUCCUGACUCUGCUGGACGCCUACUUAAGCGCCUCAUCUUGGAGUUCACUUCGUCGAAUAAUUUUACCGCAUGAUUAUCGAGCGGUUGGUCCGGAGUCCUGUUCAUCUGUGGACGAAAUAAACAACUGGCCCAGAGGUUCGAAGGGCACGCUUUUCGCUUUGAUACAUUCACGGAGUCCAGUCUCGUAUAUAUCUGGACUUCGAGCCGGAUCAGAUACUGUUGUCAUCCUGUGUGAUGUGGAUUGGCGCUCAGAUUCUCUGGACCAGCUGCGCUCCCUUCUUCACAGUUGGGCGCUUAACGGUCUGGCUGCCAGUCAAGCACGAGGCAAAACCGAUAUGGUGACUCCUAUCAUUCGUGUAUAUCGCUUGGUAUCUGUUGGCGAACCUGGUCGUGCUAUUUUGUGCUCCAGCGUAGAAGCUAGCAUUUCUAGCGGUGUUGCCUGUCGCCUGCUACCUGAAUCCGUGUUUCAGGCCCAUGCAUGUGAUUCAAUGGAUCGCAAUGCCCUUUUUAUUGCUCGAGUUCAACCCAACGUCGUUAACGAGUUUCUCAACUCUCGCACCGCGUGGGAUCACCGCUCGAUGUCAUGGGUGACGUCGUGCAAACAUCUUGGACUGGAUCGCGAUUCCAUCCUUGCGAUUAAGCAAGAGGCAAUGUCUUGCUCAUCCCCAUCCUCGGUGAUGUCUUCCAUGUCUUAUCCGGCAGCUGAUGGUCGGAGGGAUGAGACUCCAAGGGAGGGCGAAUUUAUCACUUUCCAGGAACGGGAGCCACUAAGUGAAAACUUGUUCUUCCGUGCGCUGGAGCUGUUUGAAGAUCCAGACGACACUCAGGCCUGGUGCUGCGCAAAUGCCGAACAGGUAGCGGUCGCAGCGACAAUCUUUGAUGAGUUGAUCGAUGUCGACUGUUCGGACGAUCUCGACUCGGAGACUGAAGAUUCCGUAGAGUUCAUCCAACCAUCCGAUUUGUUUCUCAGAGAUCAUUUAUUGGAGACGGAGGAAGAAAAUCAGUUAUCAGCACCUAUUUUGCAAGAACUAUUAGCUUAUUCAAACGAGGUGUCUUGGGAGGUCGCAUGCCAAGAAGCAAUGGACUCAGUGAACCAGCUGGAGAUUUUCGGCACACACCAUGGCAGCAUGCUGUCCUACAACUCAUCCGCUUCCUUCUGUCUAACUCCUCGAGACACCUCGACAUUACCUCCCAUGGAUUUGGAAUUUUUCGGAUACGAUAUGUGUUUACCACAUUUCAGCGAUCUUCCCAUAUGGAAUCCUCUCGAUGCUCUUGAGCCAACCAUCCAAGCCGGUGGCAACGUAGAGCCAACUUCCACCAAAGUUCACCCUGCAGUACCGAUGGUAGAUAAGGAUCUUCACACUCAGUUUUCAAUUUGGAAAUCCGCCUCCGAUCCUGCGAACGGCAUUUCCCACCUUAGUUUUGGCGAUCCCGACUGGGGUUAUGAGUUUGAACCAAUGCCUGAGCACGAGUUACCACCCAUUACACACGCCCCCACAACCCACGUGUCUUCCGCGCAAAUCGUUCCACAUACGAAUGGGCGCUCUUCGAAGUGGACCGAGUCCUCCUUGUGCAGUAUGCAUAAAUCUGGUCGGCGCAUUCAUUUGACAACCUCUCUUUCCUCUGGAUCACGCGGUUCAUUCUCCGGCCCGUAUUUGAAGCGGCGAAGGUUAGCAGGUACAACUGGGGUCAGCGCUCGAGGCACAACCACGUCGUCUAUGACUACUCCUACCAUCACUACAAACGUUUUCACAAUCACAUCUCAGCCCGAUAGUCAAUUGACGACUUCUCCCUCAUCCGCCGCCUCCUCCAAAGCAUCCGUUAGUGACACUUAUCUACCUAGCAGCUUGGUCUGCUCCACCCAGCCGUCUACCAUCAAUUUACCAACAACGGGUGCUUCCUCUGUUGUCUCCACUGCUGGCGGUCAUAGUAGCGGAUCCGGCAACACCGUUAUGUUAACUUUGACAACGGUGGGAAAUGUGAGCACCGGUGGAUCCAAGUUGCACAUACCCAAAGUGAGCUACAACAAAGAGAUUUCGUCCUCGCGUACCAACCGUCUUCGUCGUUCCAACGUGCCCACUACAGUUGGGACAGUUGCAUCGGUGACUCCGACAGUCGGCCCCAUCGCGGCUGGCGUGCACUUGCUACCGCCUCAGCUGUCGAAAACCACCUCGACAUACAGUGGUCACACCUCGCAGCUUCAUGCUGGGAAUGUGAGCUCCUUUCCGAAUCCCAUCAUUUUGGCCCGAUACGGGCACACUUCACCGGGCAGGCAUCACGCAACACAGGUUACUCAGCGUACCGCUGUGGGCUCACCCAAUGCGACCGCAGCCGCUGGUGCCAGCGGCAUGAUCAGUCUGGUGUUAACUCCUCCGUCGCCGUGUGGCAUGAAUAAUACAGCCUCCAGCGGUCAUUUGCACGUUGGGAAACCUUUGGAAUGGUUUCCUCACGAAGAAGCUGCCUUAUAUCAGAGCAUCCUGAAGCUACAGGAUACGAAUUUUGACGCGAUGGGCCCUGGGGCAUCGAAUUCUGCGUUAUCGCCUAAUUUCCGUCUUGCUGAGUUCUUCAUUAACAACUUCUUCCCAGUGCGUGGAUUCCGUGGCGCUCGUCAAUGUCUUCUGAUGCAUUCAAAAAUGUUGGGGAUUAUCAACACCGCCAUAUCGUCUCUUCCGACUGGCGCAUGCAGUUUCCUUCAGGCGAAUGGUUUCAUUCCACCAGAAAACCUUUCUACCCCCUCUACUGCCUCACCGACAUCCAACAGCAGUACCCACGGUUCAACUGGUCGCAAAGUGAAGAGCAAAUUGAAGACAUCCGCGUCUUGCAUAAAUCUUGGGGCUACUGCUCAGGCGUCCGGGUCGGUUGGGACAACCGCUCUACAUUCAAAGGAUUCGAGUGUUGAUUCUGUUGCUGCUGUCAAUCGCUACCGUAGCUAUCUCGCUUUCCAGUAUCUCCAAUCUGCAAUCUCAUCAGCGGUAGCUUCAAAUGCUUCCUCAAUUAACACAGCGGCAUUCGAGAGCUUUUCUUCAUUCCCUCCCUAUUUGGCGCAAUUUUUGAAUGUUGUCCGUGCAAACGACAAUAAUCAGUCACGAUUUCUGCGCAAGGCGAUCAAGGAGUGCUUGUUUAGCCCUCCGGUAGUUCAUCCAACACAACACCACCGCUCAAUGACCAGCCGACGACAACCACCUGGCGGUUUCGCUGGACCACAGAACACAAGUGCUUCAGCAUUAACAGGUUAUCAUGUAGGCGGUGGGAUGCAGCUGAAUUUUACCAGCCCUUCUGGGAGCGGUCUGUUCACUUUUCCACUUAAUCCCGGGCAAUCUUCGUCACCCGGUCCCUACGCUGCCAGUGCGAUUGGGCAUUCUGUUCAUUCCUCCACGGCUCCCGCUUUGCUAACGCAUCAUAGACAUCACCGUCAUUUGGGUUAUGACCAUCCGCCAGGCACACAGGCUGGUGUGUCCACAAUUGAAAGUACGUCAUCUGGACAAUUGCCUUCCGCUGGCACCUCGUCCGGAUCCUACGGAGGACCAAUGAUUCAGAAAAACCCCACUCAUGUGGCUGCGUUACAGGAACAUAAUAUCAACCCAGAUACGCUUAUCACCCCCGCGAUGGUUAUCAAAAAUAAGGAAGAACGUGAGGCACGUCUUCUGACGGAUGCUAGCUCAUACGAGCCACAAACCGUCACAACUACAUCUACUGUUCCCGGGUCCCCGAACUUUGUCACAGUUGGAUAUGUUCCAACCUCCAUCUUUCCCAGCGCUGCGAUCAGUCUUCAACCCACCUCAUUGGGAACUCACCAGCAUUCAGCUGACCUCACCAGCCCCACUGUUUUCUUGUCCUCAACAUCGGAUAACGUCUCUGGUAGUGGAGCCGCCUCAUCGGUUUCUGCGCCACUUAACCUUACUGGUGGUCACUUGUCUAUUUCCCACACAGGACACCGCGGAGCAAGUUUCGUGACUAUAGUUUCAUCCAAUCCAACCAUGCUUCGCCGCUCAGCCACCUUCACUCCGAUCAGCCUUAGCAGUCAGCCCAUCCUGUCUUACACUGACGGAGCGAGUACUGGUGGCUCCAUCAUCAGUAAACCCUCAACGGGCACAGGAUACUUUAUUCAGCAGAGAUCCCAGUUUAUAUCUGCCAACCAGACGCUUUCCACUUCAUCAGCUCGAGGCAUCUUCACAACUGUAGCCACUGUCUCGCUGGCUCCUUCUGGCUUGCCACUCAGCUCAAAUUUUGGAUCCCUGGCGGCCCCGUUGCCACAGAUUCUACGAUCUCGUAACACGCUUAGAGGCGCAGUAGUCCAAUCGACGAUCGUUCGUACCAUCAACGCUUCCACGUUCCCCUCCGCGGUCACUCGUUUCACAUGCACUAACACCGGUCUGCUGCCGGGCCGCACCACGUACACUGUUCCCUCCAUUAGCUCCACUGUGUCUAGUGUGUUGGGCUCACGUGGUGGAAAUUUAACUGGAAUGCGUGGUCAUCCGUCCGUUUUUCAACAGAUUCGUGCCGUAAAUCACCCCCAUCAUCAUCAUCACCAUCCUGGCACUGGAUUGGGUUCGUAUUCCUAUGGAGGUAGCCAGUUGGAUUCCGACGACUCUCGCUUCGUGCCUGCACAACUAUCUACGCCAUCUAAUUCGUAUAUCGCUCCAGGUUCUGCGGUCAGUAAUGCAAGCACCACGGCCAGUUUCAGACAAUCUGAAGCUGAUCCAUACGUACAAACGCGAUUUCGUCCACACCCAGCCCCAUGAGUAUAUAUACCUUACUACGCCUUCAUUUCAUCCGUGCUUCUGAUGUCGCAACUGGUCAGCUCCGCUUCACCACUGCCAUUGUGUAUACAUUUACCUCAUCAGCAGCAGUCUAACUAGAGAUGCAGUUUCUCGAUUUGGCUUGUGGUCGAGUUCACCUGUUUUGCACGUUUUUUUGCUACAGGUUUCAACUGGUGCAAUGGAUACUAUUUUAGCAGCUGUCAAACGUGAACUGCGUUUCUUCGCUUGCCUCUGUCGAUAAUCAACUCUGAUACUUGGUUUUUACAUAAUCGUUGGCGCUGUUGGUCGGCGCAUAAAUGAAAAUUACGAAGUAUUACCGACC